CCCCUCCCCAAACCCAGAAAAGUAUAUUAAUCUGCAUACAGCACAUGGCGAAACAGGCAUCGCAUGCCAGAUCGCGGCGCUGCUCUCACCCCACGGACUCCGCCCCGCCCAUCUCCUGCCCGAAAGUUCGUGUACAUAAAGCAGUGACUGGCGAGUCGAACGACACCAGAGCAUCACCCCGCACUCCACUGAAGAAUGGGCUCCGAACAGACUGAGAACGAGAGUGCGCCCGGGGCCCGCUUCCCCGUCGUGGCCCCCUCCGCCUUGUCCGCAGACCAAAAGCCUGUCCAUGAUCACAUCACCGAAGUCUCGAAAUUUGUGUUCGGCGCGCAUCCGCCUUUCGAGUGGACCGACAAAGAGGGCGGCCUCAUCGGGCCCUAUUCUGUGAUCCUCUACACGCCCUCGACCGGCACCGGCUUCUUCGACCACGCCAUCAAACUCGGCACCGACAGCCGCCUCCCGAUCCGCGUCAAGGAACUCGUCAUCCUCGCCGUCGGCGGUCACUUCGAUGCCGCCUACGAGAACUACGCGCACGCGCGCCUCGCCAAGCUCAUCGGCCUGCGCAUCGACCAGAUCGCGGAUGCGCUCGCGGGCCGCGAAGCAAAGGACUUGGGCGCCGGCGAGGUGGCGGCGUUUCGGCUGGCGCUGGCCAUGGUCAGCGGGAGGGGGCCUGUGAGUGAGGAGGUGUGGAAGGGGGUGCAGGAGAGCUUUUCAAGGGAGGAGAGUGCCGCGUUGGUGUGUUUGAUUAGUAGUUAUGCGUAUAUUGCGAUGACAUUGAAUGCGGCUGGGGCGCCGGCGCCGGGGCCGGUGAUGCCGGAGUGAGGAUGGAGGAGCGAGUGGAGUAGUUGGGAAGAGGUAGUUGAUACUCGAGAGACUGUCGGUGAUGGCCAUCGCUGUGCUGACUCAGUUGAACCGCAGGUGUACUUGGUACUUGUUUGUGGAGGGCUUAGACGGCUAUUCAUCGGUUUUGAGGUAGUCACGGUGGCUGGAACAUGCAGCAGUGUACUGUGUCGUGCCCAUGCCGUGCGUAGAUGUCAAUUCUGAUAUCGCCGUUCUCUGUGCCGAUGUUCCUAGCUCCAAUAGGCAAAGACCUGUAUCACGGUACCAUCGAAAGGGGUAAUGGGCCUAGUCCAAAGGUUUACCGGUACGAUGCAUGGUCUCCAGGUCUGUUUGCUUACUUGGGCACUCCCCUUCUCC